AUGGGCGUGUCCGAACUCACAGCGUCGGCGGUCGCCCGAGGACCGAUCCCCGUGGAGGGAGGUGUGGGAGGAGGUCUGCCGAGCCAGCAGUCGGCUUUGCAGAACAGAGCAGGCUCCAGCAAGAGCCCGUUCAUUCAGAGCGCGGGAUCUGGUCUGGUCAAGUGGCAGCUCUUGGAUACUGAGACAAUUGAGCGGGCAAAGAGGGAGAACAAGCUCAUCUUCAUUCACGUCGGCUACAAUGCCUGCCACUUUUGUCGCCUUAUGGCCAUUGAGUCCUUCGCAAACCCCGACUGCGCCGCCGUACUCAACGAAGCCUUUAUUCCCGUCAUUGUCGACCGUGAGCAGCGCCCAGACAUCGACACGAUUUACAUGAACUACGUCCAAGCCGUCAGCAACGUCGGAGGAUGGCCACUGAAUGUGUUCGUUACGCCGUUGCUAGAGCCAGUGUUUGGCGGCACGUACUGGCCUGGGCCUGGAACAUCACGACGUUCGACUGCCGAGCACGAAGACGAGUCUCCCGAUUUCCUGACCAUCCUCAAGAAGGUCCGGGACAUUUGGCGCGACCAAGAAUCCCGUUGCAGGAAGGAGGCGACUGAGGUCGUGGCGCAGCUUCGAGAAUUCGCAGCUGAAGGCACGCUCGGCACCAGAGGCAUCACAACACAGCAGCCUCUAGCUCCCCCUGGAUGGUCUACGCCGACACCGUCGCAGGCUCCAGCUCCACGUGAGAAGGAUGCCCCUGUAUCCAGCGAACUCGACCUCGACCAGUUGGAGGAGGCCUAUACUCACAUCGCAGGGACGUUUGAUCCCGUCUAUGGAGGUUUCGGUCUUGCGCCCAAGUUUCUGACGCCCCCCAAGCUGGCUUUCCUGCUGCAGCUCGGCACGUUUCCCAGCGCCGUGCAGGACGUCGUCGGCGAGGCUGAGUGCAAGCAUGCCACGCAAAUGGCCGUGGAUACCCUGCGCAAAAUACGCGACGGCGCCUUGCACGACCAUGUCGGGCGGACAGGAUUCGCCCGAUGCUCCGUCACGCCGGACUGGAGCAUUCCGAACUUUGAGAAGCUCGUUGUUGACAAUGCCUUGCUGCUGAGGCUGUAUCUCGACGCUUGGGUGGCUGCUGGAGGCCAGACGAACAGCGAAUUUUACGAUAUAGUGACCGAACUGGUCGAGUACCUCACGUCGCCCCCUAUCGCUUUGCCGGACGGCGGCUUUGCCACAAGUGAAGCUGCUGAUUCUCACUACCGGAGAGGCGACAGAGAGAAGAGAGAGGGCGCCUAUUAUCUUUGGACAAGACGAGAGUUUGAGUCGGUACUAGACGCCGCCGAUAAGAACAUCAGCCCGGUGGCAGCCGCCUACUGGGAUGUCCAGGAAGAUGGAAAUGUGGACGAGGACCAUGACCCUAACGACGACUUCAUCAACAACAACAUCCUGAGAAUUGUGAAGAGGCCCGAGGAACUUGCUCAGCAGUUCAACAUCCCAGUCGAAUCCGUGGAGCAAUACAUCCAAGCGGCGAAGAGGGAACUCAAGUCGAGGCGCGAGCGCGAGCGGGUACGACCGGAGCUCGAUGGAAAGGUCGUGACAGGCUGGAACGGGUUGGCAAUCUCCGGGCUGGCCAGAGCAGCGACCGCCCUAAAGGGUCCGAACGCGGAGCUGGCAGACAAAUGUCUCAAUUCUGCGAGAGCGGCCGCUAGCUUCAUCCGCACGAACCUUUGGGACGGCACCUCCAAGAUCCUCUACAGGAUAUGGAAGGGGGGACGCGACACGGAGGGCUUCGCCGACGACUACGCGUACCUCAUCCUUGGUCUGCUUGACCUAUUUGAUGCCACUGGCGACGAAAGUCUCAUUGAAUUUGCCGAUACGCUACAAAAAACCCAAGUCAACCUCUUCCAUGACCCAGCCGGCGCCUUCUUCUCCACAACGAGCUCGUCGCCGCACAGCAUCCUCCGCCUUAAAGAUGGCAUGGACACCUCCUUGCCCUCGACCAACGCCAUUGCCGCGUCGAAUCUCUUCCGCUUGGGAUCACUUCUCGAUGACGAGCGCUACUCUGCGCUGGCUCGGGGUACUGUCAACGCCUUUGAGGCGGAGAUUCUGCAGCAUCCGUGGCUGUUCCCGGGACUGUUGGCGGGUGUCGCAACAGCAAGGCUGGGCGCUCCAGAGGGCAGCCCGCUGCCAGACAUUAAAUACAAGGCCACGAGGGAGAAGGCCUAG